UCUGUAAGGAGUACCCUUUAUUUUAAAUACAGGCGUCGAACAGUAGUAUAGUGACCACCAUUUACAGGAACAAUAGCAAUUACACCACCUAUAAAUACAGGGGUGCUGUACCCCUUUUCCCGCAACAGGUGUGUUGUAUCUCCCAGAAAUACAAGUGUACCCACAGACCAGCACAAGACCAUUAGACUUUAAUUUAAUUGCAGUCAGUAUUUGUCUACACCAUGAAAAAUCACAAAAAGGUAUCCACUGUGUGCACACUCAACAACAACUGAAGUUCAUACGUGCUGGCAAUUGAAACAAAUGCCUCAAAUAAAAGAAAUCCAGCAGCGGUCCUUUGAACAGCAGCUCCAUCUGGAGCAUGUCUCGCUCGGUCAAGGCAAAGAAAGAAAUGAAACUCCCCCUGGUCCUUCAAUUGCCUGUAGACUCCUCAUCAGUCCCAUCAGUUCCAACAGUAUGUUCCAUUACAUUCCCUGCCUAACCUCUCUAACCAGACGUUGAUGGGCCUUUCUGUGCUAUUUGUUGGGUCCCCACCGACUCAGCUCUUCCAGACUCUAACCAGACACACUGGUCAGGAUUUAUAUACCCCCCUCUCCACAGAGCUGCAGGACAUGAACGAGAAGAUGUAAUGCCCAGGCAAUCAGUGGAGGUUCAUUAAAAAAACUAGCUCUGUGCAGUUGACCAGGUGUAAUGAUGGACUGUCUGUCUCUUCUUCCUCAUUUCCUCUGUGGCCCCCCUGUCCAAAGGCAGGCUCAGCCUGUUCAGCACCCCCACACAAUCUACUGCAUAAGGAGUGUUUAGGCAAACAGCGUGCCAUUCAAUCUUUGUUGGUUGUCAACACCCCUUUUCUUUUUCAAAAUGAAGGUUUGGAGAGGUGUAUUAAAAUAUUGAAAAAAGACAAAAAAAAAACCACCAACCCCUGAUGGAAACACUGUCCAUUAGAUGCAUACUUAAACUAAACAUAGUCCUCCAGGCAGACCUACAGCACAUCUACUUUUGUCACUCUGUGACGCAUGUUUUACAUGAACUUCUUAAGAAAACUAUAAUACACAACCUACACUUUCGUUCUAUAGAUGUGGAAAAACACUCAGUACCUUAGUCAAGUACAUGAAUGGGGACCUAUUAAUUACCACAAAGUGGCACAAAUUGACUAAUUAGAAUGAAGUGCCACAGUAAGUCACCAGAAGUGUCAUAAAUUACAGAAAAUUGCUUGGAAAAUAACAGUAAGCUGUGAUUAAACAAUUUUGGUUAUCUGUGCUGCAUUAUUCAGUAAAUCCCUAAACAGCUGCAGUUUAGUGCUGGAAAAUAUCAUUUGAAUCAGAGACCUGUCUGGUUAUUAUAUCGUACUAUAUAUAUAUAGGCCUUAACAUCGGUAAACUGGAUAAUGACGUGUUUCUAGGCGGAUGACAGAAACCCGGAACUCGGAGGUUCAUUCCAGCACUGGAUCAUCUUAAUUACACACAGCUGUAGUCAUGUGCAUCUACUACCAGAAGAAAAAAUGCUACCUUAUGGUACCUGUGGUAAGAGAAAACUUAACUCAGUUGGAUCUGAGAGUAAUCCAGCAAAGAAGAAGAUGUCAGAGUUUGGCUCUCCUAUCAGAAGGAAGUCUCCUCGGCUUCUCAAGUCUCCCCUGGCACAGAAAGUUCAGGAUUCAGAUGAUGGUGAAAAAGAAAAUUACCCAUCACCUCAAAAAUCAGCUGCUCCCAGAGAAGGAGACUCUCCAUUCAAUUCUGCCCUAACGUCCAAAGGGUUUAAUACGCAUUCACCCCUAAAGGGUUCUCCGAAGAAGGCUUCCCCUUUUAAACCCUAUUUAGGAUCAGACUCUUUUUAUGGCCAGAAAAAAGUGCUGUAUCUUACGCCCCUGGAGAGGAAGCUGGUUAAUGAAGGCAAACCCCCCAAAAAUGAAAGGUGCAACCCCAAGACCAGCCCUCCUAAAUCUGCAAGGGUGCCAAAACCAAAGAAACCUCCAUUGAUGAAAACUAAGGGUUCUGCUCCUGUUUCCAAAAUGAGCAUUAAGGAUUACAUUGGACCUAAAGAGGCCGGCUGCGAUCUGAAAAAGAGUACUGUCAAGGAAGCCGAGCCGAAGACAUUUUCAUCCCUAGGUUUAAGUGCUGUGAAAAUGAAACCCAAGCUCUUUGUUGGGGCUGUAUUUUUUGCGACAGGAAGAAAAGCGAAUGCAAUGUACAAAAAGGCCAUAGUUAAGUCCUCCAAGCCAGCACAGUCCAAACCUAAACCGGCGAAAGGACAUGCUGAACCACAAAAACAGGCCCAGGCUAUCGUUAAGCAGAAAGCAGUGGAGCAGCCAGAGAAGGUGGCCUCUUCUGUGCCGAAAGCCGUUUUUCCGAAAAACCACAAGGAAGACGCCAAGGGAAGUGAGGAGCUGAGGCUUGAAACCAAAGCUCCUGCAAAGCCGCCACAGCUGAAGGAGUACACGACUGGAGUGAAAGCAUCCCAGACUGAGGCCGAGAAAUAUGGUCUGCAUAAGGAGUUGAAGGUCGUGCUUAGGAGAAUGAACGAUAGCCAGUCCAAUCUAGAAGCCUUGUCAGAUGCCCCGAGCGCUGAGGACUGCAGUGCUACAGAUCUUGGAUCUCUGACUGUCUCUGAUUUGAGUGACAUCAGCUCUCUAGGUUCAGAAAAUAGUGCAGAAAAAGUGUCUCCGUCGGUGUAUCCCAUCUUCACCUCUCCCAGCUCUGCUACCAGGAGAAAAGGAGCCCGGGCUUUGCCUUUGAACUGCAGCACCCCUACUGCUGCCACACCUGCUCUGCCCAUGUCGGCAAAGCUUCAGAGGAACACGAAGAGGAAGAAGGAGCUGGAGAAAUCGUCCACGGACCAGCUCAUCAUUGACGCUGGCCAGAAGCAGUUUGGUGCCACCACAUGCAAAUCUUGUGGCAUGAUCUACAGUGCUGACAGUCUUGAGGAUGAUUUUCAGCACACGCAGUUCCACCAGCGCUUUCUGGACAGCAUUAAGUUUGUGGGUUGGAAGAAGGAGAGAGUGGUUGCUGAAUUCUGGGAUGGAAAAAUUAUCCUUGUUCUCCCAGAUGAUCCUAAGUAUGCUGUUAAAAAGGCAGAGGAAGUAAGACAACUUGCUGACAAUGAGCUGGGGUUUCAGCAAGUCUCGCUCAGCUGCCCCAGCAAAACCAAAACCUACUUGUUUGUGAACAACAAGAGGAUGAUUGUUGGAUGCCUGGUUGCAGAACAUAUAAAACAGGCAUUCCGAGUGCUGGAGAAUUCGGGGAGUACGAACAAUGUGACCAAGCAUGAUUUUAUGGAACAUCACAGGGCUUGGUGCUGCUCCACACAGGCUGAAAAAGCGAUCUGUGGAGUGAGCCGGAUCUGGGUGUUCAGCUUGAUGCGCAGACAAAAGAUUGGCACCCGCUUGGUGGACGUUGUCAGAAACACCUUUAUGUAUGGAAGCCUCUUGACUAAAGAAGAAAUUGCAUUCUCUGAUCCUACACCAGAUGGAAAACUCUUUGCUACAAAAUACUGUGAAACACCAGCGUUUUUAGUUUAUAAUUUUAUUUAAAUGUAUACUUGUUCACAGACUACAUGACAAAAUGCUGAUAAAGAGUCCGUUUUAAUUUCUGAAACCAGUUCUUUGUAUGGCAUGUUUAGUUUUUGCUGCAAAACAUUAAACAGAGAAAAGGUAAUUUUGCAUUUAAAAUCAGUUUGUCAAUGGUUUAGUGUUUGAAUUAAAACAGCUGACAGAAUAUAGAUAUGUUUUUAGAUUGAGAACUACAGAUUGUCUUGGCUCAGUGUGAUCCUUUUGCACAAGUUUUUAAAAG